CAACAACAACAACAACAACGGCCACCAAGAAAGUCACCAAAACGACGCCGACAGUCGUCGCCAGCCGGUUUGGCGUUCAGCACGGCCGGUUUCAGAGGUCCGUCGCCCAGGGUACCCGACGGGCCAAAGAGACUGUGCUCCCGACUGGUCGGUUGGCGUAGUGAGGCGACUAUUCUGCAGCCAAAUGGGUCGGUCGUGAGUCAUGGCGAUGGAGGUGGAUGGACGAGUUGGUGGUCUGUAGUUGGGUCGACCGGAUCGGACGGGUCGGACGGAUUUGAUGGUAAAACGGCAAGUACAGCUUCACCGGCCAUGCAAAGGUGUGGCAGACGAGACAUUGGCCUUCAAGUCGAUCCAACCGAGGAAGGAGCGACCACGAGCCUGACAACGAGAAAGGCGGGUUUCCGAGGCGGAAAUGAUGGAACGACAAAACAAAGGAACGAGAACAAGGGAGAGAUGAAGCAAACAUAUGCAGUGGACAAGGAGGCCACUUCAAAGGCUGAGCCCCCGCGUGGCCAAGUUGAGGCCAACCGCAACGACUUACGAAACAAGGUACAAAACUGGGGUAGCCCAUCUAAAAAAAUGACAAUCGAUUAA